AUGCCGAUCGCCUCCAAGCUCCUCUACUUCCAGCGCCGCCCCUCGCCGGCGCCGCCGGAGCCCCCCGACCCGCGCCGCCGGCCCUGCCGCGGGGCGAGCGCCUCCGCCCCCCGCCGCCAGCGCAGCUCGGCCGUCUCAAACCACCACCACCACCAUCAUCACAAGCUGGGCCAGGAACUUGUUCCGGCAAACCAAAGAGAUGGGGCUAAGCUUGUGGGAUGUGCUGGAAACAAAAUAGAACAUAUAGGGUUCACGUGCUCCAGGUCAAGGCUAAGCCGCAGUGUAUCGGAUCAUGGACGGCUUCCUGAUGCUGUUCAACAGGCUAGAGAAAGGCUUCUUCAGAGGCUUAAUAGUGUGGACUUGUCAGGAAGAAGGGAAAACACUUCGUGCUCCGAAACCAUUUGGGCUGGAGUAGUAACUCAACCUGCUGACAUUGGUAUUUCCAACUUGGCCGAUAGCGAACUUGGUAGCCUAACCAGUUACUUCCAAUCCAGUGUAUCCAUCACCACCUACAACAAAGUCCAAGAAACAUUCCCAGAGCCUUUCAGCACCGUAGAUAAGUGCAUGCCUGUCACCCCGUGCACCGAACCAGUCCAUGUGCUACAAGAAACAGCCUGCGAGUGCUCGAUAUGCCUGGAGAGGUGCGGCGAGGCAGACGGGCUCAUGCAGCUGCGGUGCAAGCAUGUCUUCCACUCGGCGUGCCUGGAGCGGUGGCUUCGAUCCCACGGCGACUGCCCCUACUGCAGGGGCAGUGUGCUCCUGACGUCGGAGGAAUGA